AUGUCCCUUCAUACCUCUUACCACGCCGACUCCGACGCGGACGAUGAAUACGAACGCAGCGUGAUCACUUCGCCGCACCUUCAGAUCGAUUCCGAAUCCUCCCCCACAGACUCCGAUAUCCAUUCCUCUGAGCAUACCCCCACCAAAUUCGGACCGAUGGAUGCUCCUCGCUCCCCGCGAGCGCUCAUAGCAGAAUGGGGAGUCGAUGAAUGCAAGGAAUUCCUGACUUCGCUGGGAUUAUUACAGUAUCACGGUACAUUUCGAGAAAACGGAAUUGUCGGCGAGGCGCUCAUUGCCUUGAAGCAUGAGGAGCUAAAGGAAAUGGGAAUCAACAGUGUUGGUCAUCGAUUGACUAUCCUCAAAAGCGUAUAUGAAAUCAAAGUGAAGCAGGAUGUUCCCUUGGAUGCGGAUCAUUACAUUCCUCUAUCUGCGGAUCAAAGUAUGAAUGAGACCGCAACUCAAGAGGAUCUUGCCCGUUUGAUCAAAUCAAUCCAGUUGCGAGAUGAAAAGCUCAUGUUGGUGGAAACAGAGCUACGUCGAAUCACAGAUGAUUAUCGUCGAUUGCGGGAAGAAAUCCUACCAGUGAUCAAGAUAGCAAAAGAUCGGUCACAUCCGUUACCUCCGCCAUCUUCAGGAGGCCCGCCCUCAGAUAAUUGGCACGAUAAUACGGCCACACUUACAUCACCUUCUCAACUGAAUAUCAGCAACAACGACACAUCUACAUCGAAAAUCGCCCGGGCUUUCUCAAAGCGCAUGCAUCCUAGCGGUGCUACCUCCAAAAACAAUUCACCAACCCAUAUUCCACCUAUGAUCCAUGAGGGAAGGUCUCAUCAUGACAACUUGAAUCCCUCGGCCUCGUCAUUUUCUGCAGCCUCUCAUUUAACGUCUCUGAACGGAGGAUCCCAAUUAUCCCCAGGGAUUCCCUCGCCCACAUCGCCCCACACACACCACGCGCAUCCUCAGACUCUCAACCCAAGAUCAUAUACCCAGCCAGGUCCCGGUGCGAACCGGAAUACGGCUUAUGAUUAUGCCGAACAGACCCCGACGAUCCAUUCUAGAGACCGUCUGACUCCGAGCCAACUCCCAUCAUCCCGCGCCGAAACCCCAUCCACUGCAUCACGUCUUGACCCACGCAAUGACCCACGAGCUGAAUCCAGGGCCGAAUCUCGGGCAGGCGGAGGCGGCAGUGAAAAUCCAAGUAGCGUGGAAAUUUUCAAGUCUUUCCGGGUUUCCUGGGAAGAUCCCUGCUACAAGGUCCUGCCGGCGGCGCUCAAAAAAUACAACAUCAAUUCCGACUGGAAGAACUACGCCCUCUAUAUCGUUUACGGCGACCAAGAGCGGUGCUUGGAAUUACAGGAGAAGCCUCUCCUUCUGUUUAAGCAGCUAGAAAAGGAGGGACGAAAACCCAUGUUCAUGCUGCGCAAGAUUCACAUGGAUAAUCCGGCGAGUACCCCGGGCCCUGGCGCCUCUGUCCCCAACAGUGCUGGCUUUGAAGGUGGCCGCCAAGGGCAAAUCAAUCUGCCAGGUGGCGUGCUGUGA